UAGCAAACAACUAGCAAAGUCAGAUAAAACAUUACCGGUAUAUCCUACAAUGAAACGAAUUCACUCUAUCCUUGUUGCUUUUGCCCUCUUGGCUUUUGCUUGCUCAUUAGCCUCGGCCUUUGACCCUAGUCCUCUCCAGGACUUCUGUGUGGCUAUCAAGGAUAACAAGGAUGGCGUGUUUGUAAAUGGGAAGUUCUGCAAGGACCCGAAGCUUGCAGUAGCAGAUGACUUCUUCUUUUCAGGCCUCAACAAGCCAGGAAACACAUCAAAUCUGGUUGGAUCAAAUGUCACUACUGUCAAUGUUGACCAAAUACCAGGACUUAACACUCUUGACAUAUCUCUGGUUCGAAUCGACUAUGCGCCUUAUGGUGGCCUAAACCCUCCUCACACUCACCCUCGAGGAACUGAGAUCCUACUUGUUGUAGAGGGCACACUUUAUGUUGGCUUUGUUACAUCCAACCCAGACAACCGUCUCUUCACUAAAGUCCUAUACCCAGGAGAUGUUUUUGUUUUUCCAAUUGGUUUGAUUCACUUCCAGUUCAAUAUAGGGAAAACUAAGGCUGUUGCCUUUGCUGGUCUCAGCAGCCAAAAUCCAGGGGUUAUCACUAUUGCUAAUGCUGUCUUUGGCUCAAACCCACCAAUCAAUCCGGAUGUUCUCGCAAAGGCCUUCCAGUUGGACAAGACUGUGAUUAAGUAUCUUCAGUCCCGAUUCUGGUCAGAUUAACGAGUAACUUCAAAGCCAAAUCAAAACCCCAGAAAUUUCUUGUUUGUUUUGAAUAAUGUUUUGAUGAAUUUUCCUCAACAAAGUCAUAUUACUCUACUUAGUAUCAUAUGAUAAACAGGCUGGUUGAUAAUGGACCUCUCCAUUGUCCAGUCUCCUCUCUCCUUAUGAUCAUUCUGUGCAUGAAAAUCAGAAUAUAUAGUUAAAUUUUCAAUCUCUCUCUCUUACUCUUGCGUGAAGA